UCCGAGUUUAUGAUACUGAAAUUCGGAGGCUUUGCUUGAGUGAUUGCCUUAAUCAAGAUACAUGUCCAAUCAGAUGCCUGCCCCCUUCCUUAUGGCUUAUCAGAAGAUGGUUCACUGCGGGGAGUUACUGCAGCCUCCCGUAGGUGUACUAUUAAAUACCGCCGGAUGAUCUGCCCAAGAAUUCACGAUAGUCCCUAUUCCAUUUCUCUAAGAUAAUUUAUCUACUACUCCAAAGAUGGCCUCACCACUUCCACAACACACCCCCGAAGAGCAAUUACUAACCAAGCUUGAUGUCGAUAUCACACGGCAUCAAUUGACCGGCAAUUUCUCUUGUGGUGGGCGACUUCCCGUCGCACAUCAUGAACAGCAUAAGUAUGGAAAUUUUACAAGUGCGAAGCGCCCAUUUAAAUGCCCCGGUGUUAUUGUCUCUUGGACGGCAGGUAACGUGCCUAAGUGUAUGGAGAUCGGUACCAGCGUCAAUAUAGAUCAGGAAAAAGCUGGUUUGAAUGAAUUGGUUCAGGAUUGUUACCCCGCAACCUUCGGCCAUGAAAGCGAGAAUGUCUUCGACGAGAAUGUACGCAAGGCUGGUACUAUCAAUUCUUUCUUGACGAACUUCGAUCCGUAUAGUUUCGGUGUCAUAGACACUAUCGGGAAAGAACUCCUUCCUGGCAUCACAAGAGCCGGGAAGCAGACAGCCAUAGAAAGAUGGGGGAUCGUUGCUGAGCCCUAUCACUUGAAUGUAUAUUCCGCACCUUCGGGUAUGUUCAAGGCACAUGUUGAUACGCCUCGUGGCCGGACUCAUUUCGGUUCGCUAGUAGUUAUCUUACCGACCAAGUUCUCAGGUGGUCAGUUACGAGUUAGCCAUAACGAAAGGGAAGAGAUCUAUAGUGGAAGUAGUCUCUAUCCGUCAUAUGAUAUCCAUUGGGCAGCGUUCUACAGCGAUUGCGAACACGAGGUUCUACCCGUUACGGACGGACAUCGUGUUACACUAACAUACCACCUCUAUGUAUAUGAACAAAUUGGGGGCCUUAUACAGCCACAAAUACAACCUCUAGAUUCGAAAUACUCCUCUCUAUACCAGGGCGCCGUGGCUUUACUCGAAUCGCCUGCCUUCAUGAAGAGUGGCGGGAUCCUUGGUUUUCAUUGCGCCUAUCAAUAUCCGGAAACAUUUGAAGGCACACAUUAUUACGAACGCUACCCACUCACUCUAAAAGGUAUCGACUUUAUUGUCUUUACUAUUUUCCGAUCCCUCGGACUUACCGUACAUAUCAAACCCCGCGAGUCUGGAAUGAUUGGUGGGGCCCUAUCUUCUGAGCCUCCGCCCGAGAAUCUCGAUCGCGGUUAUUACAUUGGCGACGAAAUUUUCAAUUAUGUUCAGUGGCUUAAUAACCAUCCCAAAGCGGCCCCAGCCGGCGAAGGGCACCUUGCUCAACCUAAACCAUUCUCUUGGAUAGGAAACGAAAUCGAAAUUGAUUGGGAUUACGCAUUCCGCGCUCUAUUAGUAGUGAUACCAUCCUUUCCGGACCGACUUUCAAGAUUUUCGCGAACUCAAUAAAUUGUCUACCUAGGUAGCUACCAAGACGAAUACAAGGAGCUGAUGGAUCCUUUCCCUCUAGA